AUGCGGCGAAUUGAAUUUACGCUCCAACCGAAAACUGGCCGAGCCGAGGCAUGGUCGAGUUUAAUGGCGGACGUGGAAAAAAUAACCAUAAUUUAUGAUUUUGAUUUGCUAGGAGCGGCCGAAAAAUAUGCGGCCGAUAUCGCCCAAUUGGCGAGGGUCAAAAACGAAAAAGAAACCCGUGAAAAGACUAUUAUUAGUUUGGAUAUAGUUAAGGUCUUAAUUACUCUGAGUGAAAAAGUUGUUAGCGAACUAGAGUUAGCCAAAAUUGCGGCGAUAAAAGAAAUUGAAGAGACAGCAGUUAGUAAUGGACAAAUUAGAACUCAGGAGAAUUUAGAGGACUUAAAAUAUGAAACAAAAUGUCUUAUAGAUACGAUUACGGCCAGCAAAAGUGGGGCUACUCCACCGACCGAGGGAGCUGGUAGUAGUAAUAGCGAGCCAAUUAUAAUUCCUGAUACGGAUACUCAAGUUUCCCACUUUUGCCAAAUUCAGACGACCGCUUCCCAUGCUGAGAAAAAAGUUAUAAGCAGAAAAAAUUACUUAGUUUUUGACUUAGAAAAUCCUAUCCAGCAAGGAGACGAAAAAAUUAAUCAUUUAUUGGUGGCGGAAAGUCUGAAAGAGGAAUUUG